GGUCGGCACUGCACAAGUCUGCUCUUCUUUGCUCUGAAUGGAGAGCAGCCUGACAAACGGAUUAUAAUGCACACAGUUUAAAUGUUAGUUUGCUGCAGAAUGGUUAAGGAGACAUUUGGUUAAAGGACCACCAAUAAGAUAUGGUGAGAGUGCAUUGCUGGACCAUAGGAUGCUCAGAUAUUAGAGGAAGAAACAAAUAACACAGAAGACAUGGAUCGUGUGAACAGAAACACACCUGUUCAUGGCAGACAAACUCAUCAGGUGCUACAGAGCACUCCACUGGACCUAAUAGAGACAGGGAAGGGGCUUAAGGUUCAAGCAGAACGUCCCCAUCUGGUCAGUCUUGGGAGUGGCCGUCUCAGCACGGCCAUCACAUUGCUGCCCCUGCCUGAGGGGACGACUACACUGGGCCAUGGAUCUGUGGACAUCAACAUCCAGGGCCCUGGAGUUGCAGCACAGCACUGUUUCAUUGAAAACAAGGCUGGAAUAAUCACAUUAAAUCCCUGUGGAAAUCAGUGUGCCGUGGAUGGACGUCCGGUCAACAAGCCUGUACGCCUGUCUCAAGGUUGUAUGCUGUGUUUUGGUCAGUCGUCCUUCUUCCGCUUCAACCAUCCCGAGGAGGCAUUCAGAAUGAAGAGCAUGAGGCCAGAAGGACAGCACAGAUCUAGCACCUCUCGAGACUCCGAGAGCCUGGUCAAUGGGAACCACCAGUCAGGAGAACCUGACUCUCACUCAUCACGUAACGAGAGAGUGCGCCCUGAGCACAGUGCUAUUGUCAGUUCCAUUGAAAAGGACCUUCAGGACAUUAUGGACUCCUUAGUCAUGGAUGAUCCCCCACCCUCUUCCUCCUCCUGUGAGCCCAACAAGCCAUUGGGUCCUCCUGCCGCUCAGUCCCCAUUGUCCCCCUUGUUAAAUGGAGGUGGACGCUAUCUUCUCUCACCCCCCACGAGCCCUGGUGCUAUGUCAGUGGGCUCCAGUUAUGAAAACACCUCUCCAGCCUUCUCUCCUUUAUCCUCACCUUCAGCUGCAAGUAGUGGGAGCUUCAACAGCCCCUCACCGAGUGGUUGCCAAGACCAGAUUCCUUCUCUUCCUCCAGUUCCGGUCAGGUCAUCUAGUUACAAUUACACAAGUCAGCCGCCCGUACCUCAGCCCCGGACUAUGCUGCCUUACCCGAAGGUGCCUGAGAGCCCUCGGCUCCAGAGAAAGACUCUUCUUGAAGCUCCGCCGAGCCCUAAACCAGCCCGCAGGGGCCUGAGUCAGGAUAGCCCAGUGGGGAAGUCUCCGGACAGCCCCCGACUGCCCCCUAUGUUGCCUUCUGUCACAGUAUCUUCAGUAUUUAGUGAUACACAAUCUAUUAAGCUAUCUGUGCCACCCAGUCCCAAACCGACUUCUAAAUUUACCACCACGUCAUCUUCAUCCCCUCCUUGUAGUCCCAGGGUGAAAAUGAACAGCGGUCUGCAAGAUCAUCCAUCCAGCUUAUUUCAUGAUCAGUCUCAAUCAGAUUGCUCAUUCAUUUCAAGCCCCUCCCAGCUUCUCUCUCCUCCUCCUCGGGCAUUCCAGCCCCCACUGGACCCAAUUGUUCACAUAAUCCAGGGUGGACAGCCACAGUCCCACUCACUACAACCUCAGGAGAGUCCGCGGCUGGCCCGCAGAAAUCUAGAAGCUGGCUGUGGCAGCAACGUGAGGGAUCUGCCCCCUCUCAGCCCCUCCCUGGCACGUAGAGGAGUACCAGUCCUGCCAGGGGCGCUUCCAGGAACAUUCACAACCUGGUCUUCAGAUAGCCAAACUGCCAAGAUAGUGCCAGAGAGUCCCAGACACAGACGCAAGGCUUCCUCCCCCUCUCAGGAGCUAUAUAGUCCCCGACUGGCGCGUGCCCGCAGCCCUUCGCCUACCUCUGGGCUAGCAGAUGGUGGCGGACGCAAAGGAAGCUUUGGGAACACAUUGUCUCCUGCCAUCAGCCUAGGCUCCCUCUCUGGUUCCUCGCCCUUAGCUAGUCCUAGGACCCACAGGAAGAUGUCAGCAGGGCACAGGGAAUUGCGGAUCGGCCACCCAGGCAUGAGAGAACGCAAGAACAGCAUCACGGAGAUCAGCGACAAUGAAGAUGAGUUAUUGGAAUACCAUCGGCGCCAGCGUGAGGAGCGCCUCAGGGAGCAGGAGAUGGAAAGAUUGGAACGGCAGCGACUAGAGACCAUUCUGCACCUCUGUGCUGAAUACAAUAAGAACGAUGGGCCGAAUGUGAUGGGCGUGUCAAGACCCACCUUGACGCAGAUGCAGCGGGAGAGUGACGAGGAGAAUCUGAGAGAGGAGUGUAGCAGCACAGAGAGCACACACCAGAACAUGAGGACACCACACAACCUACAAAAUGGAGAUCACAACUCACAGCUGGAGGAGAUGUCAGGGAGUGGAACUAGGCUGGAGCUGAAUUAUCUGGAGGAGGAACGGGUGCGAGUGCUGGCGAGGGUCGAUGAGCUGAAGGCUCGGCUCACGGAGCUGGAACAACAGCUACAGGAGAACAAACAGGAGGCGGAGAUGGAACGGGCCUUGCUGCAGGGUGAGAGGCAGGCGGAGCUGAGCCAGAUUGAGACCGAGACUGACAUCAUCACCCAGCUGCAGCAAAAAGCCAGCGAACUGGAGAGCGCCAUCCAGAGGGAAAAGGACAAGGAGAGGGCGAAUGUGGACAGGCAGCGGGAAGCCCUGGAGAGGCUUCAGGACGGCUACAAUGAGCUGAAGAGCCAGCUGCAUAACUGCCCUGAGUCUCUAAGGGAGCAGUUGCAGGAGCAACUCAAAAGGGAAGCAGAGACCCUGGAGGCUGAGACAAAGCAGUUUGAGGACCUGGAAUUCCAGCAGCUGGAGAAGGAGAGCAGUCUGGAGGAGGAGCGGGAGACUAUUUCCCAGCAGCUCCUGCAGGAAAAGGCGCAGUACCAAAGCAGUGUGGUGAAGAGAAAAGAGAAGGUUGCUGCGCUGGAGAAGCAGGCCAAUCAGCUGGGCUUGCAGGCUUCACAGGAGUAUGAAAAGCUGGCCAAGGACAGGAGUGUCACCCAGCAGCAGCUUCAGAAGGAAAAAGAGAGACUGGCUGUUCUGGAGAAGAGAUACUUCAGUGUAACUGGAGGCAGGACUUUCCCUAAAGGCUCCAGCACACUAAAAGAGGAUUAUGUUACUCUGGGCCAAAUAAACCAGAUCUAUGGGAUGCCGAAGGUGGAUUUCUCCCCCACCUCUCCCGCCCAAUUACGUCAGCCCAUCCCUGCUGAGCCUGCCUUUUCCUGUCUUCCUUCCCCCCAUGGCUCCUCUUUUUCUCUCUGUUUUGAGGGUCAGCUGGAGCAGCUUAGGCCUCAAAUCCCCAGGCUAGAUUUAGAGCGCUGGUACCAGGAGGUGAUGGCGGCUGGAGAUCCCAGCCAGCUGUGUCUGCCUUCUCUCCCAGCUAAAUCUCACUCGACACACAAGCCUCUGCAGGUGUAUCGCUCCAGGCUAGAUAGCGAUGCCAGUCAGUCCUCACAGAAGCCAAAAGUGAGUGCCGGACUUUCCCCCACCUACGCCAGCGCAACUCUCGGCCGCAACACUUCCUCCAGGAGUCCCAUCAUGGUGGCCCACAGCACCGGGAGUCUCCCCCGCAACCUCGCAGCCACUUUACAGGACAUUGAGAUGAAGAGACAGCUGGCACUGCAACAGAAAGACUGCUUGCCAUCAUCGCCCGAGUUCUCCACCAUGGACAGUCCCACAGGUCAGCAGGUGAUCGAGGAGCAGCGGCGGCGCCUGGCCGAGCUGAAGCAAAAGGCUGCAGCCGAGGCUCAGUUCCAGUGGGAGGCGCUGCACGGCUCCCACACGCUGCUUAGCAGCUCUCCAGCUCCUCCGCUGGUCCAUCACUCCAUCCUGCACCACACAGCACCCUCUGCUGGAGAGGACAACUACGACACACUCAGCCUGGAGAGCUCAGACAGCAUCGACACCAGCGUCUCCACCAGCAACAACUCGGCCUGCUCGCCAGAUAACAUGUCCAGCGCAAGCGGGAUGGAUGCACUGAAAAUCGAAGAGAUGGAAAAGCUGCUGAAGGAGGCUCAUCUAGAGAAGGCCAGACUCCUUGAGUCAAAAGAGCGAGAGAGCCAGGCACGUAAACAGAUGCUAGAGGAUGAGAGGAAGAGGAGGGAGGAGGCUGAGAAGAGGUUGCAGGAGGAGACGGUGCAUCGGCAGCUGCUGAUCGAGAAGGAGGUGAAGAUGAGAGCAAAGAACUUCUCUCAGGCCCGUCCCAUGACGCGCUACCUGCCCAUCCGCAAAGAGGAAUUUGACCUGCGCUCACACGUCGAGUCAUCGGGUCACAACAUAGAGACCUGCUUCCACAUAAUCAUCACAGAAAAGAUGUGUAAGGGUUACCUGGUCAAGAUGGGUGGAAAGAUCAAAUCGUGGAAGAAGCGCUGGUUCGUCUUCGAUCGACUUAAACGCACUUUCUCCUACUAUGCUGACAAGCAUGAGACCAAGCUGAAAGGAGUUAUCUAUUUCCAGGCCAUUGAGGAAGUUUACUACGACCAUUUACGCAGCGCCACAAAGAAAGGAUUUUUCAACCUGAACUUGAAAAGUAGCCCCAAUCCCUCCCUGACCUUCUGUGUAAAGACUCAUGACAGACUGUACUACAUGGUGGCUCCAUCUGCAGAGGCCAUGAGGAUAUGGAUGGACGUGAUCGUAACAGGAGCAGAGGGCUACACGCAGUUCAUGAACUAAAGUCGUCAGAGGAGAUAUAUAUAAAAAAAAAUAAUAAAAAAAAGUGGUCGUGCCAGGGAAAUUUCAACUGACUCAUCCUCCUGUUUACCUGCUCCAUUGAUUCCAAAUUAGGAGGAAAGCUUUUUUUUAUUUUAAUUUUUUUAUUUUCUUUUUAAUAGGCUAUAUAUUCAGUUCAGCUGUACAGUUGUCAGUCAUCAAAGGUUUUUUAUACCUGCCUGGAUUUAAAAAGGGAUCCCUACAAGAUAAACAAACAAACAAAAACAGAGGAGCAACUGAUUGUGUAAAAUCAGCUUUAAGAUCUCGAAGACAUUUCUUUUUUUUUAAUUAUGCAUAAGUUUAUUUCACAACUGCUUAACAGAUGUAUGUAUUUGUGUUUUUUUUGUUUGUUUUUUUUCUCACUCUUUUGAAUGAAUUUUUUCCACAUAUACAGUAGGAUGUGGUAUAGCCAAUUGACGUCAAGCCAUUCUGGACUUUUUUCCAACCUAUUCAAAAAUGGAUAUAUAGAUCAUAUAUGUAGAGAUGGUGUUGUAAACAAAUAUUUCAGAUUAGAUAAAUUUUUUUAAAUGAAAAAAUAUCAAUGAAACAAGAACUUCAAUCACCAAAGCUCAUUGACAACUCCCAUUCACCUGUAUCCCACUGUAUGUUUUUGUGUAACCAGCAAAUCAUCACCUGUAUGUCCACAAACGCACACAAACACACACACACACGGUUUAAGAGUCUUUUUGCCAAGUCCUGACUUUAUCUUCAGCCUUCACCUCUUUAAGGAAGCAGCCGUCUUCAGCACACUGCCACCUGAAGGCUCUUGGUGGACGAACAUCAUUAAACAACAAAACACUAACCAACUUAACCUUCAUAUAAUAAUGCAAAUCAUUCAGUGCCUUGAUAUUUCUCCACAUUUCAUCACUGCAAUACUGUUGUGAGAAACCUGCAGGACCACAGAAUGCCAGAAAUACAGUCACUGUUUACUUAAAAUGUAUUUUUCUUCUCGAGAGAUCUAUUAUUGUGACUGUUCAUAUCAGUUGUUUGCACAAGGCAUGCAGUCAGGAUGAUGGGAAAGUGAUAAACACAAAUAAUUUAUCAGCUCAAAACAAAAACAGGAAUUAGUGUCUGUUUUUUUUUUGUGAGUCAAUAUACUGUAGAUUGUAUUCUUUAUAAACACAUUAUAAUAAGGAAUCCGUCUUGGCUCAUGUUUGACUUAGUCCUCUGGACUGAACUACGCUGUGAUUUCAAAAGUGAUCAUCUGGAUGUUAGUGGUAUGAGGCUAUCUAGGUUUUUUUCUUCCUAAAAUCCCUCUGCAUGCAUUCAAAAUGGCCAAAAUACUGACUAUAGUUCAAAUGACCCUGAUUAUUUUGCCAAUUUUUUUUUUCACAUCUGGAAAAUGAAUCAAAGUAUGUUUACUGCAGUGUUUAUUUCCUUUCAGUGUUAUGUUCUGUACACAUUCUGAGAACCAAACUGUACUGGGAUGUGCCACAUGCAUACAGAUGUGCAUAAAAGCAUAAAAUCUCCUUAACCGUUAUUUUGUUACUAACAGACUUACACAUGCUGACACAAUGAUACAAUAUGGUACUGUUCAUGUGGCACUUUAGAUGGAUUUCAUGGAAUUUUUCAGGUUUAUUAAAAAAAAAAA